AUGAAGGGAAUCACCGUGACAUUGAACAUUAAACCUGGCAGUCAACCAAAAUAUCUGAAAGCUAGAACUGUGCCAUAUGCCCUCAGGCCAAAGGUUGAAGCAGACCUGGAGCACCUGGUCACAAAUGAAGUCCUAAUACCAGUUACCCAUAGCUCAUGGGCAACUCCAAUCAUUCCAAUAGUGAAGAAAAAUGGCUCCCUCCGGAUUUGCAGAGAUUUUAAAGUCAUGGUCAACCCGGUGUUGUGUGCAGAGCAAUACCCACUUCCCCGCAUCAAUGACCUCUUUGCGGGCCUGGCUGGGGGACAAAAGUUCAGUAAGAUUGAUCUGAGUCAAGCAUAUUUACAGAUGCAUGUUGAUGAAAAGUCCCAAGAGCUGUUGACUACUGUGAUGCAUAAAGGGCUUUAUCAAUACUGUCGCCUACCCUUCGGAAUAAUGUCUGCUCCCACCUUAUUCCAGAAGGCUAUGGACCAGAUCUUGUGUGGCUUGCCAGGAGUCCUGUGCAUCCUGGUCACUGGAACAAAUGAGGAGGAUCACCUAAAGAAUUUAGAGGCUACCUUACAAAGACUGGAAGAGUAUUGCCUACAAGUCCUCAAAGACAAGUGUGAAUUCUUCCAGCCCUCUCUUGAAUAUUUAGGACACAUCAUUGAUGCUACGGGUCUUCGUAAGGCCCCUGAAAAAGUUAAGGCUAUUGUGGAGGCUCCACCUCCUCAAAAUGUUAGCCAGCUUUGCUCAUUUCUAGGACUAUUGAACUAUUAUGGGAAGUUCAUCUCGCAGUUAGCCACACUGUUAAAACCACUUCACGAACUCCUGGGGCAAAACAAGGCCUGGAAGUAG